AACUCUUUUUUGGAUGAAUUAUUAAAGAUUAUAGCUGUUUAAAUGGUUUACAAUAAGCCAUUGUCUAAGGUUUUGAGAAUCUAAGAAGAUAAAACUAUAAUCAAAUACCAAUACUUACCUAUAUACAACUACGAAGUAUUAUUCAUUACAAUAUAUAUUUGUGAAAUGUGAAUGCUUAGACAGAUUUCCACAAAUAAUCAUUUUAAAACAAUUCUUAUGUGACAUUGCAUAUUAAUCACAAACAAAUUAAAUGAUCUUGAGUAAAAAAAAAAAAAAAAAAAAAAAAAAAAAACAAUAAAUUAAAUAAUCUAAUCUGACCCGAUUACAUGUUGAUCCGAAAUGAUUCAAUUUGUACCCAAUCCGAAUGACCAGAUUACAAGGUCUAACCAUCUAGACUGUGUACUCGCAGUAAAUAAAAUAAGCAAUUUAUUUAGCAGAAAGUCUAAAAAUGAGUCCACAUUAUGAUACUCCAAAGUCCAUACUCCACGUUUUGGCGGUCAUCCUCAUUCAAAAUCCUCACUCCACUCUCUCUCCUUCUCUAUUAAACCCUAAUUUUUCGACUAACUCAGAAUUCCGACCGAUCAAAUGAAGACGAAGACGCCAUUGAAGCAGCUCAAGCUCUCUCUUCCUGCUCAAAAGACUCCCAUCACUAGCUUCUUGAGUGCGAGUGGGACAUUUCAAGAUGGUGAUUUGAUGCUGAACCAGAAAGGGUUGCGGCUUAAAUCUGAUAAUAAAGAACCUCGUCAAUCAGAUGCUAAAGAGCUUGACUUUCAAGUUACCUUGGAAGAUCUUGAGACUGUAAAGGUCAUUGGCAAGGGAAGUGGUGGAGUUGUUCAGCUUGUUCGGCAUAAAUGGGUUGGGAAACUAUUUGCUUUGAAGGUCAUCCAGAUGAACAUACAAGAGGAGAUUCGUAAACAAAUUGUACAGGAGUUAAAGAUUAACCAGUCAUCUCAGUGUCCUCAUAUAGUUGUAUGCUAUCAUUCCUUUUAUCACAAUGGAGCAUUCUCUCUAGUUCUAGAGUAUAUGGAUCGUGGCUCUUUGGCGGAUGUCAUUAAACAAGUCAAGACGAUCCUUGAACCUUAUCUUGCAGUUGUUUGCAAGCAGGUGUUACAAGGUCUUGUAUACUUGCAUAAUGAAAGGCAUGUCAUACAUAGGGACAUGAAGCCUUCCAAUCUAUUGGUAAAUCACAAAGGAGAAGUAAAGAUUACCGACUUUGGUGUCAGUGCAGUGCUAGCUAGCUCAAUGGGUCAACGUGACACAUUUGUUGGGACCUACAACUACAUGUCGCCGGAGAGAAUAAGUGGAAGCUCUUAUGACUAUAGCUGCGACAUUUGGAGUUUGGGUUUGGUUAUGUUGGAGUGUGCCAUUGGGCGUUUUCCCUACAUACAAUCUGAAGAUCAGCAAUGUGCACCGAGCUAUUUUGAGCUUUUGGCAGCUAUUGUAGGAAGCCCAGCCCCUUCUGCCCCAUCCGAUCAGUUCUCCCCAGAGUUUUGCUCCUUUAUAUCUGCUUGCAUACAAAAGGACCCAAAAGACAGAUGGACAUCUUCAGACCUUCUGAAUCACUCAUUCAUCAAAAAAUUCGAAGACAAAGAUAUCGAUCUGGGGAUUCUGGUUGGCAGUUUAGAAUCCCCUGUAAAUUUUUCAAGAUAAGUUUAUUUACAAUCGUUGUAUUAUUGUAGUUAAUGUAACAGAAUAUACUAUUAUACAUUUAUACUAUGUGAAAGUAAACUGGUUGAGACUUAUAAAUCAAGCAAGCAAAUCUAUUAAUUACAUUCAUUUAGUGCGAAG